AUGUUGACCGACAGGGCAGAUGGGUUGCUGGAACCACUGCACGCGGUACCUCUAUAUGAUUGUCUGCUCGAGGACGCCCAAUCGCCAACCGACCAGUCUGCAGUCCUGACAAAGACUCUGCAGGUUUCGGAGCAAGUUCUGGCCUCCGAGCUACACCACACCGAACCCUUGCUGGUCACGGACCAGACAACGGCUUUCCCUCCACCUAUUGUAUUCUCUGACGACAUAGACGAACCUAUAUAUGCUAUUCGUGACAAUUGUCCAGCGCAUCAAUUAUUAAGAGCUCCUGGCCGUACUCGGAUACGACCAGAAUCACCGACACCAGACAUGACUCAACUGCCGGAACCACCUAAAGAUGGGCCACCACAGAUACCGAAGGUCACAGUGGCUUUUGCGAGUACCAGCACCACGCCCGGUCGUACACACGUUUCCUUAGCUCAAUUUACGGACUGGGUUGUGCCACUGGAUACAUCCGAUAUCGAAGGUUCGUAUCUGAGCUUCAAUUGGGUCGAUCUGGCCCAGCAGCUAUGGGGACCUUUCCAUAUUGAACUAUUUGUUAGCCAUGAGGAUCAUGUGCUAGAUGUCAACUGUACCAAGGAUGGCACAGGAGCCUAUGCACAACAACGUUUGGACGCGGACAUGCACACGGAGCAUUUACAACAGGAGGGUGCUGUCAGCGACGUUCUGGUAUAUCAGAACCGUACUAUGGACCAGAAUGCGCUUGCCACUCCUCUAAUCCCUCUAUCCCAAGUCAUACCGCACCGACCAGAUACUGAUGAUGAUCUGGAUUCCGCACAUGUAUCAGUGGUCGAGGAGGCAUCUAUUACUGGGUAA